AUAAUACUAAUAUUACUGUGCAAUUUGCCAGGUCUUUUUCUUCUUUUCUGGAUAACUAGUGUUCAAAUUGUCAGUCAUUAUCUCAUCAUCAGUAUUUCUUCUCUGCCUUUCUCCUUUUAAUUCCAAAUUGUUCAUUAAAUGGCUAGUGUUUCAGCUACUUGUCUCAGAUUUGGGUGUUCACUCAAUCAGUCGUUCAAGACAUCACAGAUAAGCGGAGGAAAUGCAGAUCUGAAGUUGGUUUCUGUAGGGUGGGCAAGGACUACUGGUUUCCCUUCUCUCAGAACCUCCCGCUUCCGUGUUUCUUGUGCAAAGCUAGAGACAGUUGAGAAGGUAAUAAGCAUAGUGAGGAAGCAACUAGCUUUACCUGCAGACACUAAAGUCAGCGCUGAAUCUACGUUCAAUACGGACCUCGGCGCUGACUCUCUUGACACUGUGGAGAUUGUGAUGGCACUAGAAGAGGAAUUUGGCAUUGCAGUAGAAGAAGAGAAUUCUGAGACUAUUGUAACAGUUCAAGAUGCUGCUGACUUGAUUGAAAAACUUGUUGAAAAGAAAGCAGCUUAAUUAUAGACAAAUAGGAUGGAAAAAUUCGAGUCUUGAGAUGGAGUUUAGCUCAAUUUUUAUUGGACUCAUUGUAAUUGAUUUUCUUGGAUUGCACACUUGCUAAGCAUUCUUUUUCCAACAUUUUGUUUUUGGGUAUCUAAAUGAUGAUAUUUCUUUCCUA